GAAGCGCUAAUCAGUUGGGUGACAAUACUGCCGUGGAGCGGAUCGCUCGCAGUUUCGCGGGUCAACUGGGCGAAAGGCUAGGUCCGAGUGUUUGUUAUUUUGGAUAGCAUGAGAACGUUGAUCGUGGUUUCCGUUUUGUGGCUUUAAUUUAAUUAGAUAGCGGGUGAAAGUUUGGGUUUUGCGGAAGUAUUACUUCAAUGUGCGGCUUGUGAUAUAGCAUCUGAUAUAAUGGGUGAGAAUAGCAGAAUUAAACCGCAGUUAGUGAUCAUGGAUAGAUUGCUACCUUUGCUGCUGUCAUUGGUGCUGAUUAUCCAAUUAGGCCACGCGCAGCGAAUGAUUGGUGAUCGCGUGUACGAGCCGAAAAUCUCCGACCUGUACAUCACGGUGAACGCCCGCUUCCAGACGCUGGAGCUGACCUGGCGCAACUUUGACGACCCGGGCGGGUACAUUCUGCUGGCGGAGGACUUCCCAAUUAGUGCCUUCGAGCAGAAGUUGUUCUACUACACGGUGCCGGUGACGGACGAUAGCAGCAGCAGCAGCAGUACUGUCAGCAGCUUUGGUGAAGUCGGCAGUGGGGAAGCUGAGAGUGGUGGCGAUGGGGCGGUCCGAAAUGGGAGCAGCACAACGGAGGAACCGCCGGUGGCGACCACCCAGAUGGUGGAAAUUGACUGGGAGUACGACUUCCGGGACCAGUACGGGCAGCGCAAGAAGGAGGUUCUGGUCGCAAUCAAGCCAAUGUACUCCAAUGGGUGGACUAUGACGGACAUCUUCUACGACCGCACUCUGAUGGAUCGGGUGGACAUCACGACCAGCUGCUAUGGCUACUACGGGUACUUUGUGGACGCGAACGGCACCAUCCGGUCCGAGCACUGCAUGAAGCUGUACCCCACGUGGAUGGGAGACCUGCGGUCGCAUUUGGGCAAGUUCCGGAUGCGGGAGCUGUUCAUUCCGGGGUCGCACGAUUCGGCCUCGUACAAGAACGGGUUCGAUCCGCUGAGUCAGGAAAAUCUGGUGACCAAGUACUGGCUGACGCAGGACGACAACAUUCGAGGUCAGCUGCUGCAGGGCGUUCGGUACCUGGACCUGCGGGUGGGGUACUACCGAACGGCAAGUCCGCCAUUUUAUGCAAAUCAUGGGUUUGUGCGGUUACAGCCGUUGAAGAAGAUUCUGGACCAGGUGCGGGAUUACGCGCUGGAAACCAACGAGAUUAUAAUUUUGGACGUGCAGGAAUUCCCGGUAGGGUUUGGGAAAGAUUAUGAUAUCCACGAUAAGUUGAUUAAGUUCUUGAACAACUCGUUGUGGGACGUGAUGGCCGAUCCGGCCAUCAGCUGGUACGGCAAGCUGGAGGACAUUUGGGCCCGGAAUCGAACAGUUAUCUUGUGCUACGAUCACGAGUACGCGAUGAGGUCGUACGCAGACGUGGUGUGGAGGUCCGUUGAGCAAAAGUGGGGUGACGUGCAACGGAUGGAAGAUCUCAAGAGCUACCUGUUCAAGGUUCAUCAGAGGCACGCGUACGGCUUUACGAAUAGACCGGUGGCCGACAUGGCAGAACUUACGCCGGAUCCGUGGGGUGUGAUUACGGAUCGGUACGGGGGUCUGAGGAAGAUGGCCGAUUCGGUGAACCGGCAUGUGACCAAGUGGUACUUUGAGGAGCUGGGACCGACGGCGAAUGUGGUGGCGGUGGAUUUCGUGCGGGGGACCAGCAUAAUUGAGGCUGCGUUGUACUGGAAUCUGAAGCGGGAACCGAGUGGUGGUAAGUGAGGAUGUUAGUGUUUAAUAAAGACGUAGAAAAAAUGUUC